UUCUUCUCCUCCUCCUCGUUCUCCUCCUCCUCGUUCUCCUCCUUCCUCUUCUCCUCCUCCUCCUCCGUCUCUCUCUCCUCGCUCUCGUCUCCCCGGGGUUCCUGCGCGGCCGCGCCAGCCCAUGAGUGUCCCCAGGCUCCAGGAGCAGCCCUGAUUCCCUGAGCUCCGUGUCCAUCCCGGGGGAUCCGGAGGCUCCCGGGCAGCCCGGAGCCACGCGGGGCAGGGCUCCAUGAGGGACCUGCACAAGUCUGAGGUGCUGGGGAGCAAGCGCGGCCUGAUGUCAUGGCGGCCGCAGUACCGCAGCUCCAAGUUCCGGAACGUUUACGGAAAGGCGGCGAGCCGGGAACACUGCUUCGACGGCGUCCCCAUCACCAAGAACGUGCACGACAACCACUUCUGCGCCGUCAACGCGCGCUUCCUGGCCAUCGUCACCGAGAGCGCCGGCGGCGGCGCCUUCCUCGUCAUCCCGCUCGAGCAGACCGGCCGGAUCGAGCCGAACUAUCCCAAAGUUUGCGGUCACCAGGGAAACGUGCUGGACAUCAAGUGGAACCCCUUCAUUGAGAACAUCAUCGCCUCCUGCUCCGAGGACACCUCGGUGCGGAUCUGGGAGAUUCCGGAGGGGGGGCUGAAGCGGAACAUGACGGAGGCGGUGCUGGAGCUGUACGGGCACAGCCGGCGCGUCGGGCUCGUGGAGUGGCACCCGACCACCAACAACAUCCUCUUCAGCGCCGGCUACGACUACAAGGUGCUGAUCUGGAACCUGGAGGUGGGCGAGCCGGUGAAGAUGAUCGACUGCCACACGGACGUGAUCCUGUGCAUGUCCUUCAACACGGACGGCAGCCUGCUGGCCACCACCUGCAAGGACAAGCGGCUGCGCGUGCUGGAGCCGCGCUCCGGGAGGGUCCUGCAGGAGGCCUGCUGCAAGAACCACCGCGUCAACCGCGUGGUUUUCCUGGGAAGCACCAAACGGCUCCUGACCACGGGAGUGUCCCGCUGGAACACCCGGCAGAUCGCCCUCUGGGACCAGGAGGAUUUAUCCAUGCCCCUGAUCGAGGAGGAGAUCGACGGGCUCUCGGGGCUCCUCUUCCCGUUCUACGACGCCGACACCCACAUGCUGUACCUGGCUGGGAAGGGUGACGGCAACAUCCGGUACUACGAGAUCGGCUCGGAAAAGCCCUACCUGAGUUAUCUCAUGGAAUUCCGCUCCCCGGCUCCGCAGAAAGGGCUGGGGGUGAUGCCGAAGCACGGCCUGGACGUCUCCGCCUGCGAAGUUUUCCGUUUCUACAAACUCAUCACCCUCAAGGGGCUCAUCGAGCCCAUCUCCAUGAUCGUCCCGAGGCGGUCGGAGACGUACCAGGAGGACAUUUAUCCCAUGACUCCGGGCACGGAGCCGGCCCUGACCCCGGACGAGUGGCUCAGCGGGGUCAACAGAGAUCCCAUCCUGAUGUCGCUGAAGGAGGGAUACAAGAGGAAUUCCAAGAUCGUCUUCAAGGCGCCGGUGAGGGAGAAGAAGAGCGUGGUGGUCAACGGGAUCGACCUCCUGGAGAACGUCCCGCCCCGCACGGAGAACGAGCUGCUCCGGAUGUUCUUCCGGCAGCAGGACGAGAUCCGGCGGCUGAAGGACGAGCUCUCUCAGAAGGACAUUCGGAUCCGGCAGCUGCAGCUGGAAUUAAAGAACCUCCGGAACAGCCCCAAGAACAAUUGACUCCAGGGACCUUUUCUAAAGAAAUCCCUUUGUUUCUACUCCCGAAUUCCUUGGAUCCACUCACCCAGAACACAAUUCCGGAAUUCCGCGGCUGCCGAGAGCCUGGAAUCACGUCCUGCGCGUCUUGUCCGGCACUAAUCCCGCUCUAACCUGAUUCCUGGGAAAGCCUGGAGGCUCCCAGGGGAGCCGUGUCUGUCCGUCGGGAUGAGCCAGCCCGGGGCGGAUUCCCGGGAAAGCGCCAAGCUUCCUUGCUAUUAAUUUUUUUUUCCUAUGCAAAACUGUGACAGCGGGAGCAGAACUGGAGAAGGGGCGGGAAGGGGGAAGGGCUGGAUCAUCCAAGGGGGUUUACGUGUGGGAAUGUGGGAUCUUUCCCGUGCUGGAAAAAUGGGAUCCAUCCCAUGGGGGCAGGACAGGAUCCAGCCUGUGCUGGGAAUCUGGGAUCCUUCCCACUGCGGGAGCCUGGGAUCCAUUUCAUGACCCUUUCCUGUAGUGGGAAGCUGGGAUCCUUCCCCUGGUGGGAAUCUGGGAUCCUUUCCCGUGGUGAGAGCUUGGGAUCCUUCCCGUGGUGGGAAAUUUGGAUUCUUCUCACAGCAGGAGCCUGGGAUGUUCCUGGGGGUGCUGCCCCAGGGUUGGAUCCCAAGGAAUGGAUCCCAAGGAUGGAUCCCAAGGAAUGGAUCCUGAGGGUGGAUCCUGAGGGAUGCACCCGGAGCUUGCCGGGCUCAGCACUUUGGACAAUCCCAGGAUUGAUGGAUUUGCCUGGAGCACAGGGAAUGACCCCAGCUCCUGUUUUCCCGGGAGAUCCCAAUUCCCACUCGAUCCGAGCUGCUGAAUUCCCGGCGUGGGUCUGUUCUGUCCACGUCCCGCGUUCCCGGCAUUCCCCGCUGCGUUCCAUGUGCUGUCAUUCCCGAUUAUUUAUGCUCCCACGGGAUAGUGAUGGAAUAAAAUCUUUUCAGGAUA